UUCUCCUCGUGGCGGUGGUUUUGUAGGUGCUUGGGGUAUGUUCCCUCCGUCUCAGGUUCCACAGCGGCGAGUCGAUACCGAGAAGGUCGGAGAGGAGACGCUGUCCGCGCCAGGCCUGGGGUAGGGUCCACUGUGCCCGCGUCCCCCCUCCUCUCCCGCCGUUCCCCACCCCGUCCACAGUCCGAUGGCGGCGGCGGCGCUGAGGAACCCGCCUCAGGCCUGUGUGACCUUUGAAGACGUGGCCAUUUACUUCUCCCAGGAGGAGUGGGGGCUCCUUGAUGAGGCACAGAGGUUCCUGUACCAUGAUGUGAUGCUGGAGAACUUUGAACUUACAACAUCCCUGGAUUGUCAGUGUGGAGCAGAGGAUGAGGAGAUCCCUUCUGAGCAGAGUGUUUCUGGAGGAGAGUCACAGGUCAGGACUUCUCAGUCAGUUCCAUCAAACCAGAAGACUCAUCCCUGUGAGAAGUGUGUCUCAGUCUUGAAAGACAUUUUGCAGCUGACUGAGCUCCAGGCAGCAUAUCUUGGGCAGAAACCAUACUCUGGUGGGGGGUCCAGCAGCUUCUGGUUGAAUGCAAGCCUUCACCAGUAUCAGGAGCAUGACAAUGGAGAGAAAAACCUUAAAAUGGAUGUGGACAGGUCCUCAAUUGUGACGAGCUGCAGACUCCAUGUGUCAGGGAAGCCCUUCCCCUGUGGGGAGGAUAGAAAAGACUUCCUAGCUACCUUGGGCCUUCAUCAGCACCAGGCCACUCCCAACAGUGAGAAGCCACACAGCAGCAUUGAGUCUGGGGAGGCCUUAAACAAUGGAAAAAGUCAUAACAAGUGGAUUGAAUGCAGGGAAGUUUUUGGCAACACUCAUAUACUUCACCACCAGAGAGUCUGCGCUGGAGAAGGUCUUGAUGAGUGUAGCAAAUGCAAAUACAGAUUUGUUCAGCACCAGCAAAUUCACGUUGGAGAAAGGCCUUAUGAGUGCAGUGAAUGUGGGAAAUUCUUUAGCCGUAAAACCCACCUCAUUCGACACUGGAGGGUUCACACAGGAGCAAAGCCUUAUGAGUGCAGUGAAUGUGGGAGGUCUUUUAGCCAGAAAUCUGACCUCAUUCAACACCAAAGAGUUCAUACUGGAGAAAAGCCUUAUGAGUGCAGUGAAUGUAGGAAAUCUUUUAUCCAGAAAUCCAUCCUCAUUAAACACCAGAGAGUUCACACUAAUGAAAGGCCUUAUAAAUGUGAUCAAUGUGGAAAAUCGUUUAGCCAAAGUUCUGGCCUCCUUCGACACAAGAGAGCUCACACUAGAGCAAGGCCUUAUGAGUGCAGUGAAUGUGGGAAAGCCUUUAACUGUAAAACCCACCUCGUUCGACACUGGAGAGCUCACACUGGAGUUAGGCCUUAUGAGUGCAGCGAAUGCGGAAAAUCUUUUAGUGAGAAAUCUGUCCUCAUUCAACACCAAAGAGUUCACACUGGAGAAAAGCCUUAUGAGUGCAGUGGAUGUGGGAAAGCCUUUAGCCAGAAAUCUGUCCUCAUUCAGCACCAGAGAGUUCACACAGGAGAAAGGCCUUAUGAGUGCAGUGAAUGUGGGAAAUCCUUUAGCCGCAAAACCCACCUCAUUCGACACCAGACGGUGCACACUGGAGCAAGACCUUUUGAUUGCAGUGAAUGUGGGAGAUCCUUUACUCAGAGCUCUGGUCUCCUUCGACACAGGAGAGCUCAUACGCUUCAUACUGGAGAAAGGCCUUUUAAAUGCAGUGAAUGUGGGAAGGCCUUCAGGUUCAAAUAUAAACUUGUUCAGCACCAGCAUAUUCACACUGGAGAAAGGCCUUAUGAGUGUGCCGAAUAUGGGAAAGCUUUUAGCUGCAAAUCCAAACUUGUUCGGCACCAGAGAAUUCACACUGGAGCAAAGCCUUAUGAGUGUACUGAAUGUGGCAGACUCUUUAGACAAAGUUCCAGUCUUGUUCAGCAUCAGAGAAUUCACACAGGAGCAAGGACUUAUGAAUGUGGUGAAUGUGAGAAAUCUUUUAGCCAAAGCUCCAGCCUCAUUCAGCACCGCAGAAUUCACACGGGAGAAAGGCCAUAUGAGUGCAGUGAAUGUGGGAAAUCCUUUAGCCAAAGCUCCAGCCUCAUUCAACAUCGAAGAGUUCAUACAGGAGCAAGGCCUUAUGAGUGCAGGGAAUGUGGGAAAUCCUUUAGCCAAAGCUUCAGCCUCAUUCUACAUCAGAGAAUUCACACUGGAGAAAGACCUUAUGAAUGCAGUGAAUGUGGAAAAUCUUUUAGCCAAAACUACAGCCUCAUUCAGCACCAUAAACUUCACACUAGUUAAAGGCCUCAAGAGUACAGCCAACAUGAGAAAGCCUUCAGUUACCAGCCUGCUCUGAUUCAACACCAAAAUCUCACAACUCAGUUCUAAGUUUUAGGAAUUCAGCUAAUGUGGAAAAAAUACCUUCUGGAUAAGGAAAUCUACAUAAGAUAAUGGCCUUUGAACUUCAGGGAAUUUGCUGUCUCUUUGCUCAGUGUGAUAGCACUAGAGAGCCUCUAUGAGGAGCAAUCUGCCAUGAGUUCCAGGUAUGUGAGAAAUUUUCAGGAGCGGUAUUUCAUAUUUUACCUGCUCAGGAACCUUGCCAUAAUUAAGUCACUGCCAGAUUCUGUGGCAGAAGUCAACUCACCUCUACCAUCUGGCAGGUCCUCAUAGUGUGCAUCAGUCACCACAGCAUGCUCAGAGAAGACAGAUGUUUGUACUCUCUCCCAUUCUCUAGAGGAAAUCGUAGUCGAAACCCCUAGGGAGUUCCCAUUCCCUUCUCUCUAACUAGUUAUGGCAUGGACCUGACCCAGUUUGGGACCAAAGGACCCAGUCCGGGAACUGCUGGUGGCUUGUAAAGUUUUCCUUCUUCACGGCAUUGUUGGUCUUAGGGGUGAAACUUUUGAAGCAUUUUCUGUCCUCCAAGUCGCCAACCUGGGAACGAUCUGCUGCAUAUUGCUCUGAUUUGUACAAUAAUAAAAAUCUUAUUGUUUAAGUCACCUUUAAUCUUAACAGUUUUAUUCACUAUGUGGGGUAGUUGAAAACAGAAUUUGAAAAACAAAAUGAAAAUAGAAUUUGGCUUUGCUAGUGUGAACAGGUGGACAGGUUUCAUGAGGGUCUCAGGGAACAGUAUGGUGUACGAAAGUCUGUCUUACUGCAGUUUUUGUCUAAGCCGUAUUCCUGUCUGGUAAAAUAAAAAAGUAAAUAUUUGAUGUUUGUCCCCAGUUCCUGGCAGAGAUCUUCUAAGACCCUUGGAAUUUCCUGAGUAAUAAGAGUUUUUUUGUGUGAUAAUGAAAUGACUCAAGGUGGAGACCUGUACAGAUCUUCAGCAUGGGGGCUGGUCACCAGAUAUUAGAGGGUUAGAACUUUUAAGCCCCACCCCCGACAUCUGGGGGGGGGAAGGAGCUGGAGAUUGAGUUCAGUCACAAUGGCCAGUGAUUUAGUCAACCGUGCCUAUGUAGUGAUACCUUAGUAAAAAAUCCCUAAACAGUAGGGUUUGGGGAAUUUCCAUGUUGGUAAACACAUCCAACCAGGAAGGGGGGUAUACCCUGAUUCCACUGGGUUAGAGGCUCCUGUGCUUGGGGUUCUUUUGGACCUCAAUUUAUCUGGCUGUUGACUUGUGUCCUUCAUAAUAAACUAAUUGUAAGUAUAGCAUUUUCCUGAGUUCUAUAAGUCAUUCUAGCAAAUUAUCAAACCAGAUUUGAGGUCGACUUGGCAGAAGUGGGGGUAGCCUUGGGACCCAUUUUGUGGUUGGCAGUCUUAUGGGACUGAGUCCUUAAUGGGUGGGGUCUGCACUAACUCCAAGUAGUUAGUGUCAGAAUUGAAUUGAAUUGUAGGAUACCCAGUUGGUGUUGGAGAAUUGGAGAAUUGGUGAUGGAAUGACAUAUUUGGUGUCAGAAAAAGCCAUACAAUGUACAAGGCAUUCUGGGAAAGACUGCUGGCAUCUGUGGUCCUAAUAAGUACCUUGGAUGUCAGGGUUUUUUUGUAGGCCCAAAGACCACCCUCAAGAGAGCACAGCUGUUACAAACUACAAUAUUUUUGGAACUGCAGUAUCUAGGAUGUGAUAAUUGUUCCCAGGUAUAGUGAGAAAUCAGUAGCACUUAGAUUAUGCAACAUGACAUUAUUGAAGCCUGAUAAUCUAAAGUGAAUUCAGAAAAUACAAAGUGCUGAUUAAUCUUUCUUUGGCUCUGAAAUUAUUGUGAGAUUCUUAAAUAUUAAAACCAGUUUUAAAAAUCUUCAUAUCAAUAUUUACCAUUAAACUUGGAGUUAAAUUUUAGGAUCAUCUCUGCAUGGAAAUUUUAUUAAGACCAUAGAUGAUGACUUCCUCAUUGCACAAUUUCCACCUACACUUUUAUCAGCCCAGAGAACCUUUGCUGCAGUCUCCAUGUUCCAUUUGCUCAGCCACCAUCUCUUACAAAGAGCCUCACUAUAGGCGUACCUCAGAUGUUGUGGAUUCGGUUCCAGACCACUGCAGUAAAGCAAAUAUUGCAGUAAAGGAGGUCACAUGAAUUUUUUGGUCUCCCAGUGCUUAUAAAAGUUAUGUUUAUACUGUAGUCUAUUAAGUGUGCAAUAACAUGAUGUCUGAAAGAACAAUGGACAUACUUUAUUUAAAAGGUACUUUAUUUCUAAAUAAAAAAUGCUAACCAUCACCUGAGCCUUCAGUGAGUCACAAUU